AUGGAUGAUGAAAUUGAUGCCAUUGAAAGAAAUGAUACUUGGGAGCUGACUAAUCUUCCGAAAGGGCACAAAACCAUUGGUGUAAAGUGGGUCUUCAAAACAAAACUAAAAGAAAAUGGUGAUGUUGAUAAGUAUAAGAUUAAUGAUCGCAUUGGUGGCGUAGAACUCGUGGCCUAUUUUCCAGCUGGAUGUAAAAUCGGCAUUCUUGCAUGGAAACUUGGAGGAACGGACGAUCUUAUAUUUACUAGAAAUGAUGGUGUCAUGUCUAAAGAAUUCAAGAAAUCUAUGAUGGUUGAAUUUGAAAUGUCUGACCUUGGUAUGAUGCAUUACUUCCUUGGCAUAGAAGUAGUACAAUCAGCUAAUGAGAUCUUUAUUUCUCAAAAGAAGUAUGUGCAAGAUAUUUUGGACAGGUUUUGGAUGAAGGAUUGCAAUCCUGUAAGCACUCCAACUAAGUUUGGUUUGAAACUAAACAAAUAUCAUGAAGGGAAGAAGGUGGACAACACACUUUACAAGAAAAUUGUUUGCAGUUUGAUGUAUUUAGCUGCAACAAGAUCAGACAUAAUGUAUUUUGCUGAAAAGUUAGAGUUGUUUGGGUUUACUGAUAGUGAUUAUGCAGGAGACCAAGAUGAUAGAAGGAGCACUUCGGGCUAUGUUUUUAUGUUGGGCACAGGUGCUGUUUCAUGGUCUUCUAAGAAGCAACCAAUUGUCACCUUGUCAACUACAGAAACUGAAUUUAUUGCUGCAACUACUUAUGCUUGUCAAGCUAUCUAG